UGGUUUUCAGUUGAACAAGUAUUAUAGCAUGCUUUGUAAGCUCAUAAACACUCUCAAAAAAAAAAAAAAAAAAAAAAGGUUCAAGCUGGUUCCCUAACUGGUCACCUAAACUCUCUACGUAGAACCCUGUAGCACUGUGAAACCCUCAGAGGGUUCAAAAUCUUUUGGAAAGCUAAAUAACUUUAGGAACCUUGAGUGUAGACUUUUCAGCCAUCUUGACAGGCUUUCUUAUAAAAUCCAAUAUAGUAUAUAAUUUGUAAUAUAAUUACAGGAUUUUAAAAUUUGUUCAAUUCUUUAUAGACCUACAAAAAAACCCAACAACAGCAGAUGUGUAGUAGCACACAGGCUUUGUGGUGGUCUCCUAACCUGUGUCCGGCGCAUGAACACGCGGAUGUGGUGAGGUUCAGUUUGAAACAGGAAACAGCAUUUCUCACCCUGUACUUUUUUAUCAGACCUUCAGCUGAGACUGGAAGCAAUUGCAUCAGAAUGGGUGCACACUGACGCGCUGCUUAAGAAGGAGUCUCCAGUGUCAGCGCUUUUUAAUAGUCAGGGAGUUUUCCUCCACGGGAAGGAAGCAGAGGGCUUUGUGCUUUCUGGUUUCUUAGUAACAUGACAACCUGCAUUUUUUUUUUCUUAUAACUUCAAGAGAGGAAAAAAAAGGCUGUUAUGAUUGAGGUCACAAGCCAGCAAGGCGCUGUCCUUGCCUUCCUGUCCGUCUCCACCCUGGGCUUCAUCUGUGCUCUCUGUGUACGCUGUAGGAAGAAAUCUAUGAUUGUACAGGAGAAUAACCAACUCUAUAUUCCACAAGUAUUUCACCGAGAGGGGAGCAUGUUUGCUGUGACAAGGUCAAAAACAGUGACGAAAACUAACCAGAUGAGCACGAAUCCAUGUCAGAGCUCAAGGAAUUUUGCACACACAUUUCACAGCCAGCCGGACUCUCUCCAGGACUCAGGAGGCAGUUACCAGAACAUUCCAAAGCCACUUUCUGGCAGUGUGGAACCCACCUAUGUAGACCCAAUAGCAACACCGCCAAACAAAGGCACUGUUUUGGAUGAUGAUGCUGGUGACUAUGCAAAUAUUUUUCCAACGCAAGAUGUCGAACAUGACUCAGACAGUUACGAUUAUGAAAACACAGAAUUCCUGCAAAACAGCAAAAUUGACGACGAUGAUGAGCCAGAUUACGUCAACGCAGAUACGACUCACUAACACAUAAAUAAAGCUUUACACUGUUAUUCAAGUUAGAGUAAAUAUCUAUGAGAAUAGAUUGGCAUAUUUAAUAGCACAGAACCAAUGCAUUGUAAACUAAUUUAAUAUUUCAUGGUUGGCAUGUUGGUCCUUUUUUAACCUUCAGUGAGAUUAUCCAUGUAAUAAAGGCAUGUGUUACUGUGAAUAGUAAGCAAACCUCUUUUUAUGGAAUUAAAAAUAGUAUAAUCUAUGUUUUAAGUGUCACUACAUUGAAAAUAAAAUCUUGUUGAUUUUGGUUGUAGUAGUAAUGACCGUUUCCUUACAUUUCUCUUUAUAUUACAUUAUAAUAUUUAAUUAUAUGUAUAUUAUUUUAAUAUUCUAUUCUAUCAUUUGAUGUAUUCAUGAUAUUUUGUUUUCAUUAUCAUUCCUGGACAUUUUUAAAAGAUCUAUAAUUUUCCUGCAAAAAAGAAUUCCCAAGUACAGGGCUUGAUUUACAUCAUUACUGUUUAUCAUCACAGCAACUGAAAUAAAGUAAUGUUGGGAUUUUAAUAUAAAAGUUAUAACGCUGCUUUGAAAGCUAGAUAUUGCUAAUGGGAACGGAUAAACCCAUUUUAUAUACGCAUAUACAACAUGGUAACCUAUGCUGCAAAUCUCCAUUUAUGUUUUAAUAUACACACAUUUUAGACUUUUUUGUCACUUUUUGCUUUCAGAUGUAAAUGUAAAGAUUAUAUGAGCAUUUGUCACAACACAUUUUUCCUUUAAUUAGAAUAAAAUACAGAAUGAAAUUAGCACAACAUGGCAUUCCAUUAAAUUAUUUCUCAGUCCAGUUCAUGCAGAAGCCCAACCACCUGAAUCAAGUCAUUAAAGACAGU